CCGGAAGGUGCAGUCACAGACGGCCUCCGGUGCUUCAGACAUCCAGGCGGAAAGAUGUCAUCAUUGCCAAGAAGAGCAAAAUUAAAGGUCCAGGCUGCCGCAUCCAAAGAUGAAUGUUCUUUCUUCUCGGAGUUAUCAUCUUCGUCUGAAGAAGAUGACAAGGAAGAUAGUGUUUGGGAGCCCCAAAAGAAAGUCCCCAGAAGCCGUAAGCAGCCUGUUCCCAAGGAAUCUAAGCCGAAGAGGAUGCCACGGGUAAAGAAGCACAGCCCGAAGAUCAGUGAUGGCUUAGAAGACGUGGUUGUUAAGGAGGAGCUGAAUAGCUCUGUGGCUAUUGCUGACGUCAAUUUGGAAGAGGGAAAAAAUGAACCGGAUACUGUGCAGGCUCCGAAAACAGCAAAGACAAAGCGGAAAAGUUCAGCUCAGUCACCUUUAGCUCAGAGGACCAAAAAGCUGAAAGUUGAAGAAACCAGCAAGGGCACCAAUGCAGAGGGUGGAAAUACUACUCCAGAGAUGCCGUCCACAAGCACCGAGUGGGAAAGUGCAUGCAAGAAGGGAAAGAAUGAAGACGACUUUACAUUUGGUCAGCCCCCUCUGAAGAAAAUGAAGACGGAAACGUGUCCCCAGGGGCAGCCUGUCAGGUUUCCAGCAAGUGCCAACAGUGUUAAGGAGGAGGUGGAGAUGCACUGGGACAUCGUGCAGGUUUUAUCUGAGAGAACUAAUAUAGAACUUUGGGUUUGUGCCAACAUCAUUCGUCUCUUUAAUGAUGAUAAUACUAUUCCCUUCAUUAUCCGUUACCGAAAAGAGCUCAUUAAUAACCUUGACGCCGAUUCCUUGAGAGAAGUUCAACAAACCCUAGACGAGCUGCGGGCUGUUGCAAAAAAGGUUCAUAGUACAAUUCAGAAAAUUAAGAAGGAUGGGAAGAUGUCUGAGUGUUUGUUAAAAGCCUUGCUGAACUGUAAAACUUUUGAAGAACUAGAACAUGUGUCUGCCCCAUAUAAAACUGGGAGCAAAGGCACCAAAGCCCAGAGAGCCAAACAGUUGGGAUUAGAAGGAGCAGCCAGGACACUGCUUGAAAAUCCAGGGGCACUCAAUCUACUAUCUUAUAUUAAACCCAGUGUGAAAGGGCUUUCAGCGCUCCAGGAUAUUGAAACAGGAGUGCAGCAUAUUUUAGCGGACAUGAUUGCUAAAGACAAAGACACACUUGACUUCAUUCGGAAAUUGUGCCAAAAUAGACACAUUUGUAUCCAGUCAUGUCUUGCAAAAGUGUCCUCAAAAAAGGUAAAUGAGAAAGAUGUUGACAAGUUUCAGCUCUACCAGAAUUUUUCGUGCUCCAUAAGAAACAUCCAUCAUCAUCAGAUUCUGGCAAUUAACCGUGGAGAAAAUUUGAAGAUAUUGACAGUCAAGGUCAACAUUCCUGAUGGAGUGAAGAAUGAGUUCUGUAGAUGGUGUAUCCAAAACAGGUGGAGACCACGUGGUUUCGCCAGGCCAGAGUUAAUGAAGGUCUUACACAAUUCACUGGACGAUUCCUUUAAACGCCUUAUCUAUCCUCUCCUCUGUAGAGAGUUCAGAGCCAAACUAACCUCAGAUGCAGAAAAGGAAUCAGUGAUGAUGUUUGGACGGAAUCUUCGCCAGCUCCUUUUAACAAGUCCUGUUCCAGGGCGCACCUUGAUGGGAGUGGAUCCUGGUUAUAAACAUGGUUGCAAGUUAGCUAUAAUUUCUCCUACCAGUCAGAUACUUCAUACUGAUGUAGUCUACUUGCAUUCUGGACAAGGCUUCCGAGAGGCAGAGAAAAUAAAGAGGCUUUUACUGAAUUUCAGUUGCAGCACAGUGGUGAUUGGAAAUGGCACCGCCUGCCGGGAAACAGAAGCUUACUUUGCUGACCUGAUAAUGAAAAAUUACUUUGCGCCACUGGAUGUUGUUUACUGUAUCGUCAGUGAAGCGGGAGCUUCCAUCUACAGUGUUAGCCCUGAAGCUGACAAAGAGAUGCCGGGACUGGAUCCCAAUUUGCGGAGUGCAGUUUCCAUAGCAAGGCGUGUACAAGAUCCAUUAGCUGAGCUAGUGAAAAUUGAGCCGAAGCACAUUGGAGUUGGAAUGUAUCAGCAUGAUGUAUCCCAGAUUUUACUCAAGGCAACACUGGACAGUAUCGUAGAAGAAUGUGUCAGCUUUGUGGGAGUGGAUAUUAACAUCUGUUCAGAAGUUUUGUUAAGGCAUAUCGCGGGACUCAAUGCCAACCGAGCCAAAAAUAUCAUUGAAUGGCGAGAGAAAAACGGGCCCUUCAUCAACCGAGAACAGCUAAAGAAAGUGAAAGGGCUAGGUCCCAAAUCCUUCCAGCAAUGUGCUGGCUUCAUCAGGAUCAACCAGGAUUAUAUUCGAACAUUUUGCAGUUACAGUAGUCAGCACACCGAAUCGUCAACAGGUGUUGAGGGCACAAAUGAGAAGCAAGGCAAGAAAAAGAGCAAAACUCCAGUGAAUGUUGUGCUGAAGCCAAAUCCUUUGGACCAAACUUGUAUUCACCCGGAGUCAUAUGACAUAGCAAUGAGGUUCUUAUCAUUCAUUGGAGGGACAUUGUGUGAGAUUGGAAAGCCUGAAAUGCAACAAAAAAUAAAUUCGCUGCUUGAAAAAGAAGGCAUAAAGAAAACUGCAGAAGGAUUGCAAACGACAGUACACACCUUACAGGUCAUCAUCGAUGGCCUCAGCCAGCCUGAAAGCUUUGACUUUAGAACAGAUUUUGAUAAACCUGAUUUUAAGAGAAGCAUAGUCUGCCUGGAAGAUCUGCAAGUUGGGACAGUUCUUACAGGCAAAGUCCAGAAUGCCACUUUGUUUGGAAUUUUUGUGGAUAUAGGGGUAGGGAGAGCAGGGCUGAUUCCUAUACGAAAUGUAACAGAAGCAAAACUUUCUAAAACAAAGAAGAGAAGGAGUCUUGGACUGGGCCCUGGAGAAAGAGUGGAAGUCCGAGUACUCCACAUCGACGUCCCCCGAUCUAGGAUUACCCUGGACCUCAUUCGGGUGUUGUGAGCAUCCCACUGAAGGCCAAACACCGGCUUUACUUCUUCAUUCUAUGUGUUGACAAGGGUGGUUCAGAUGUCUGUGAAUUCUACAUAGCAGAUGAGAAAGUAGUAUCAGAAGUACUUUCCAAACACUUCCCUUAUAUUUCCUCCUGAAUAAAUAGAAAACUAAUAGUGUGAUUUCUUUUCCCCUUAAACAAAACACUUAAUAGACACCAUUAUGUGACUUUCUGUAGUCAUGAUUUUCUAAGUUUUAUUUUUUUGUAAUUGAUCUUUGGCUCUUUUUACAUUUUAUAUAACCGAUUGCUUCACUUCUACGAGUCCAGCUGCCUGCUGGAUUUGUGUGGAAUUGUCUUCUUGAUUUGAAUUGUAUAAUGUUUCUGGACACAGUAGGGCUAGCAAAGUUUAAUCCUCCCAUUUUAUAGAUUUUUUUUUUAAUCGGACCUUUUGGACUUGCUUCAUGAUUUUGUAGUAAUCUUUAUUCUUUCUUACCAAGGAAACCAAAAGUAUACCAGUAAAACAUAUCCUGAUUUGUUUUUACCAUCAAGUGGAUAGUUCAAAACAUUUCUCAGAAGGAUAUAUGUAUUGAUCCUUGCAAUAAAAUUUUGUGUCUAGUGAACUUGUUUUUGCUCUCCUGCUUCAGUGAAUGGACUAGAUCAGUUUUCAGGAAAGAAGACGUGGCACAUAUUCAUGCAAACAUCGUAUGAAAAGACUGUGCCUUUGGGGAAGAGGGAGGCCUCUGCAUGUUUUAGGAAUAGCUUUCUGUGCAUAGCUUACCACAGAAGGACAUAUUUAUUCUUAAGCAACAGGACUGAACUUCAAAUGGGGAUAGAAAUGGCCUUCCUAAAGAUUGAAUAUAGACAGAAUGUUUGCCUCGAGCAUUGUGCUAUCAUAAAGAAAUAUCUGUGUGAGUUUAAACUGAAAACAGUUAAUCUAAAGCCCAGAUGAGAACUCUUUAAGGGGCAGAGAGCCUAAAUUAAUGUUGAUGAAACAAUAUGGGUAUAGAUAGUGAGCAUGUGAUACAGCGUGAAGUAUAUAACCAAUGUCAUUGAACUGUUCAUAUAGAAAUUGUGAAUGAAUGUAUGUUUGGUUGUGUAUACUACCACCAAAAAUAAAUAUUAAAAAAGGAAGGAAGAACUGAA